CCCACAUUGAGUCUCCUGGUCCUGGAAGCCAUUCUCGUUCACUCUUCGCCACGAUGAGCUUCAGACGUAGACCUGCAUCCUCCUGCAGAGAGGCCAGCCCGCUUUACAGCCUAUGGCUGUUGCCGCUACUGAUCCUGCUUCUCAUUGGGCUGACUCCCAUUGCAAUUGGACAAUGUAAGAGAAACUUAGGGAAAGAUGAGUGUGGGAGGCUGCUUCCCUUCAGCUUGUGUCUGACAGUCUUGUGGUGGUGGUGGUGGUGGGCGGGGGAAGCUGACGACGACGACAUGGACCCAUGUGUUGAAUCAUGCUGCAAAUGUCUGAAUUUAGAGACUAAUGUCCCACGCAAAAAUGUCUCCUCUGUGAAUAUGUUGAGGCCAGGAGAUAAUUGUGAGAGGGUGCAAGUGAUAGCCACAAUGAACGAUGGGAAGAAAAGAUGCCUGGACCCAAAUUCUUCUAUGAUCAGGAGAUUGGUCAUACAAAUAUUGGAAGGCUCUUGA